AUGGCCAGCGACAAGUCAGAUGCCCACAAGCAGGAUGCUCAAAUCAAGUCUGCAGACAUGAGCGACGAGAUGCAACAAGAGGCCAUUGAAGUCGCACAAACGGCUAUGGAGCAGUUCACUAUCGAGAAGGACAUUGCCCAGUACAUCAAGAAAGAGGGCUGUUGGAAGCGCGCGCUAAUAUUUGCGCAGUUCGACAGCCGGAAGGGUGCCACAUGGCACUGCAUCGUCGGCCGCAACUUUGGAAGCUUUGUCACGCAUGAGACGAAGCAUUUCAUCUACUUCUACCUCGGCCACUGUGCUAUCUUGCUCUUCAAGACUCAGUAG